CCAAAAAUUACACCAUCCACCAUAUCGCCUCUCGAUCGCAACUCAAUAAUGCCGAAGGACAAAGCACAAAAUCAAAAGAAUGCAACAAAAGACAGACAGAUGAUGGGUAGUGUGGGUGAUCUUCUAACUGAAAACGAAAAAUUGUUAUCGGUUGCUGGAGCUGAAUUGCCGGAUUGCUUUGAAGGAUGCAAUAAAUAUUUUGCUAAAACAGUCGAUGUGGCCAUCAAGUCUGGUAAUCAUUACGAACGCUACCAAAAUGUUUGCUUUAGAUUCAAAGAAGCAAGUAAGUGUUUAGAGCAAAUGAAACAUUGUGGUAGUUAUGAGUUAUUCGAUGUGCUGACAAGUGGACUUAAAUACAUGUGCAUCGAUCAGAAAGGAGAAUGUUCAAAAGAUUGCAAUGUUGAGGGCAUUCUAGCAGGAUGGGGUGUAUAUGCAGGUUUAAGGCAAACCUCCCUCUUCACACCACAGGGUAUUACAAUGCUUUUUAUCAUGCUUACGGACGAAAUUCAACAGGCGAUGCCUUGGUAUGGCUGGCUCGUUGCUUUCGGUCUUGACGAUGCGAUUUAG